AUGCAACCACCAAAGCAGCCGCAGACUCGAAGCUCACUUCUGACCUCGGCAUCGACCGUGGCUAUCCCAUCCUCAUCACGAGCUGCCUCUGAGGCACCAUCUACCAACCCAGCGGCGCCAACUGCCGGUCUGAAGACCAGGCGUGGGAUAAUCGCCAGCGGUGCUCCCGCUGAACACCUUGCCAGCGCUUUCACAAACUCUAAGGUGUCCUGGCUGGCCAACUGGUAUUCCGCCCCACCCCACCAGCUGGCGCCCGGCAUGACCUUCGUUCCUCAAAAUUACGGCAAGAAAUCUGACGAGAAUGGUGACUGGACCAAAAAUGCCCAACAAGCCGUCAAAGCGGGAGACAAGUACAUGCUCAGCUUCGGUGAGCCCGGCACACCCAACGCUCAACUCCACAUGGACCCGAAAGAGGCUGUUGACCUCUGGAUGGCUAAGAUGGAACCGUUUGCCAAGCAAGGCGUCUCCAUCGGCGCCCCUGGCACCCUUCAGAACACCCAGGAUUUUGAAUGGUUGUCCCAAUUCCUCAGCCUGUGCAACGAGUGCAGCAUUGGUUUCCUCGCGAUGCACUGGUAUGAUAAGGCUGAGCUCAAGAACGUUCAAGGUCUCAAGGACACCCUGAACAAAGCCGCCGCCAUCGCUCAGGGCAGGUCUAUCUGGCUCGCCAACUUCCAGGCCGAUGGCACGCCGGAGGCGCAGCAGGAGUUCCUUGGGGAAGUUAUCCCUUGGUUGGAUGCCCAGGAGAACAUUCAGGCGUACGCAUAUGUCCCUACCGAUUCUUCGACCCCGGGCGCCAGCUAUGGCAUGGUCGAUGACCAAGGCAAUCUGAACGCCUUGGGCCAGUUGUACGCUACUUUGUAA